CUCGGGAAAAGAGGCCACCGCCACCAGCACCUCCCGUUAAUAAACUCUCUCCCCUUCAAAUCUUCCCACCUCCCACUCCAUACCCCCGAUCCCUGGAAGGCCUUCCGCUCUCCCCCUUCGUCUCGGACGCUGAGGUUGCUAGAUCUAAAGCUGCUGAGCGAACCCUAACCCUAAAAGGCUCCUUAAAACCAUGGAUGCGAAGGACAUCCUCGGUCUCCCGAAGAAUUCCUUUCCGACUGCCCAGGAGAAGAAGCCUCGGCCCUCGAAGGAUUCCCAAAGGAAGCCGGAUGGCGUCUCUCGAGAGGUUUACGCGCUUAUCGGAGGAAUGGCGCCUCUCAUGCCCUCCAUCGAGGUCUCACACUUGAAGAAAAGGCCCAAUUCGGAGAAGGAGAAGAUCACAUGGCAGUGGCUUCCAUUUACAUCGUCUGCAAGAACAGAUAGCUUACAACUCUAUCAUUGGGUCAGGGUUGUAAAUGGUGUUCCACCAACUGGUGAUUAUUCAUUUGCUAAGUACAACAAGUCUGUGGAUGUUCUUAGGUACACGGAUGAGGAAUAUGAAAAGCACCUGAUUGAUCCUAUGUGGAGUAAGGAAGAAACAGAUCAGUUAUUUGAUCUCUGCGAAAGAUUUGAUCUUCGCUUCAUAGUGAUAGCCGACAGGUUUCCAUCAUCUCGGAGCGUGGAGGAACUGAAGAGUCGCUACUAUUCUGUGACCCGGUCACUUUUAAUUGCUAGAGCACCCUCUGCUUCUGAUGUUUCUGGACAUCCACUUGUUAAGGAACCUUACAACAUGGUUCAUGAGAUUGAAAGGAAAUGCGCAUUGUCUGCUGUGCUUUCUCAAACAAAACAGCAGGAGCGCAGAGAUGCUGAGAUCCUUGCUGAAGCUAAACGUAUAAUGGAGUCACGCAUGGCUAGUAAAAGUGCCGAAGAUGCCGAAAUGCCACUUAACCCAACUGGUAAUGAAACUGAGAAGGCUACUGCACCUGCUGAAUCUGUAUCGCCAUCCACUAACAUCCAUCCAUCGUCUUCAACUGCUGCACCUGCGACAGCCACGACAGAAAGUGCUUCAACUCCAGCUUCACUCCGGAUGCUUCGCGUGUACUUGAGAACCCAUGUACUUGACCAAAUGGUGCAAGCGGCAAGCUCAACUGCUGGUCUCAGGACCAUCAAAAGGGUUGAUCAGACUUUACAAGAUCUUGGGGUUCAUGUGAAACCAAAGGUCCCAACAAAAGCAGUUUGUGCAGAACAUCUUGAAUUGCGAAAAGAAAUACUUACAUUGCUCAACCUACAGAAACAGCUCCAAAAUAAAGAGGCAGAAGCUUCAGCAAAUCGUGAUAGUUCAUAUGCUGAAGCACCAAGCACUCCCAAGCGUACUUACCGUGGGGAUGUUGACCGGGCAUUCGUCCCUGAUUCUGUUGGUUUUGGAGGUGAGAGGGUGGGUAAAAGGGACCACAAACGCAAGGCAUCUGGAAGAUUUAUAGAUGCACCACCAUCACCACCGCAAUCCAAGAGGCCCCGGAAGUUGAAGGCUUCUGAUUGAUGAUGUCGAGAGAGACAAUUGCUCUCCCAUCUUCACAACAAUCUGAUGGUCUUGGUAAUUUUAUGCUCUUCAUGCAAUCCCAACCACACAAAGUCUUCUGCAAUUAUCUAAGUUGUAAUGAUGUUGCUACGCAAGGAUAAAAAGCUGAACGGCAAAACCCAGUGAAAGCAGCAGCAUCGAUUGGGAGAGUAGCCAGGUGAUGACAACUCCCCGCUGGUUUCUUCCUUUGAGGAGCCUUGGGUUGCAUAUCUGCCGACAGCUCUUGUAAUUCUCGUGCAUCAGAUUGUAGCAUACCGAACAUCUCCAGUUCGCUGGUGCAAAAGUUGGCGUUGAAUGUUUCAGGGAAUUUUUUUUGAAAUUUACGUCUCUCUCUCCCU